CUUGUGCGAGAAAGUUAUAUGGUGAUGAAUGGAGAUCUAUGGUUAUGGAACUAAAUGCUUCUGACGAAAGAGGCAUAGAUGUUGUUCGUGAACAAAUUAAAAAUUAUGCCGGUACACGUAAAAUGUUUAGCGCCGGUUUCAAAUUAAUUAUUCUGGAUGAAGCUGAUGCAAUGACCCAACAAGCUCAAAAUGCGUUAAGAAGAG